AACAUAGUCUGCUUCAUGAUGAUCUUUGUAUUUAGUUUGACCUGUUUAAAGAAAUUUGUAACAUUUCAACGCACUUUAUUACGGAAUAGAACAGCUGCAACUUCUCUCUCUGGUGGUACAGAGAGUGGAGACGACGCUUCACGGCAAAACAGAAAUCAGGAAAAUGUCGACCAAACUAAUGCUGAAGAUGCCAUUAAUAAUGAGCCUAGACCAAGACUAUCUUCCAUAAUAUUUAACUUUUAUAUCACUGAUGUAAAACUAUCCAAUCCAUUUGUUAUGGGAUCACUAUCAGAGCAUUUAUUGAUGGUGAUUGUUGGUUUGCUUGCUUACACUGCCAUCGACGAUAACAUCUCUGAGCGCUAUAAGAUUUGCACUUCUAUAGUUACAUUUCGGAGCAUAUCUUUGAUGGUAAUGGUGGCGACUUCUGCACUACAGUAUACGUCUAUUAUGCGGGUUGUCAGAGUUAUCUUCUUCAUUGCUGCAAAACUCUACAUACUUUUGGUGCUUUGGAGCUACUGCAGGGUUCUGGAUCGCAUUGGUGGUUAAAAAAAAUCAUCUUGAGUUUCUUCCAUUUUAUAA